AUGACGGGAACAAAGGAGCAGUUGGCGGCCAUCCCGCGUCUGUUCAACAGGACACUGCUCCUCUCGGUUGGGCUGAUCGCCGUCUCGCAGUUCAACUUUGGCUUCGACCAGACUGCCUACUCGACGACCCAGGCUAUGGAUGCGUUCCAGCAGCAGUUUGGCUCUAAGAACGCGAAAGGAAAAUACUCGCUGGAUACCAACUUCCUCGCUCUCCUCAACAGUCUGCCAUACAUUGGAUUCGUCAUUGGCCUUCUUAUUGGCAGUGAAAUCUCUUCCCGUUGGGGCCGUCGCAUGGUCAUGUUCGUCAUGAGUAUCUACGCUCUCUGCACUGCCGCCAUCACCUUCUCGUCCAGGAACCAAGCCCAGAUCUUGGCGGCACGUAUCCUGAACUAUGGUUACGUCGGCAUGGAGUUGGCUGUUGUCCCCGUCUUCCAGGCCGAGAUUGUUCCUAAGCAGGUUCGAGGUCUUGUUGUUGAGACUUAUCAACUCAUGUUGUUUUUCGGUGGUCUCAUUAUGAGCUUGAUCUGCUUUGGUACUUCCAAGCUGGAUGGUAACAAGUCGUGGCUCAUCCCAUUUGGCCUGUUCUUUGUCAUUCCGGCUAUCGUGGCGGCUUGUAUCUGGUUUAUCCCGGAGUCUCCCAGGUGGCUUCUGCUCAAGGGCCGAGACGCCGACGCAGAGAUUGCUCUACGAAAGCUGCGAAGCAGUGCCUAUACUGACGAGGAUAUCAAACUGGAACUUGAUGCCACCAGAGCUAUUAUCAACGAGGAGAAGGAGAUGACCACGUUCUGGGAUCUUUGGAAGGGCAGCAAUUUGAAGCGAACGUUGAUCACUUGCUUCGUCAACUUCUUCCUUCAGCUCACCGGCAACACCUUCGCCAACAAGUACGGCACGAUCUACAUCAAGUCGCUCGGAAGCUUGGAUCCCUUCGUCAUGACUGUGGUCAACCAGCUCGUCAACCUCAUGGGUGUUGUCUUCUCCAUGUCUCUCGUCGACAAGAUGGGUAGAAGACAAAUGCUCUUCAUGGGUGGUGCCAUCCAGAUCGCAUCUCUCUUUACCAUGGGUGGCCUCGGUGCCAGUUCCAGCAACCCUCCUCAGUCCUACAAGGUCGGCAUCAUCGCUAUGCUGUCCAUCUUCGGGUUCGGCUUCGCUUCCGGCUGGGCCCCGGUCUCCCACAUUCUGACCGCCGAGAUCCCCUCGACCCCUGUUCGCGACAUGACCUACCGUACUGCCUCUGCCGUCAACAUCGUCAUCCAGUUCGUCACCACCUACGCGACCCCUUACCUCCUCGACAAGCCUUAUGCCGGCUUGGGCGCCAAGGUCGGUUUCAUCUAUGGCGGCGCCGCUGUCCUAGCCACCAUCUUUGCCUACUUCUGCGUGCCCGAGUGCAAGGGCAAGACGCUUGAGGAGAUCGACCGCCUGUUCCUUGACGGUGUCCCCAUUCGCCAGUUCAAGAAGACUAAGCUUACGGUCGAGCGUGUUGAUGAUGGCGAUGUCGAGAUUGUCAAGGAGCGCAACAACGCUCGGGUUGAGAUGGUUGAGGCUGAGCGGGAGUCCUAA